UCAUGUGGCAAAAAUUUAUAUGCAAGCCGUUCUCAUCUGCGACCGGGACAACCCUACCCCACUAUUUCUUUACCCCAACCUUACCCCACCUUUUUCUCUUCUACUUAUUACUUCCUCUCUAAUAUCCUGUCAUUUCGAUAUCUCAACAUCACUUCCUUCGACAUUUGGAGCCCUUUUAAGGCAACAAAAUUGUCGUAUUUAGACAUGGAGACACAAGCAGCGCCCACCGACGGCCCUUCUCCGCAGUCGGUCAAUGGAUCAUCGUGCCCAGCAGAGGCCCACCAGUCGCAACCACGGUUUCUUGCCUGCCUUCGAUGCAGAGCAAAGAAGGCGAAAUGCGACAACAUUCAGCCUGUAUGCGGAACAUGCGCCAAGGUCAACGCAGAAUGCCUCAGACCGAGCGGGCGGCGGCGAAAGCGCACUCGGAAAGAGAUGGAGGAGGCUGAGCGGGAGGAUCCGUCCUUGAAGCGGUCGCGAAGCGCAUAUAAUGGCCAGAGCUUCAAGCAAUUAUCCACGCAGCAGCAGCACGGCAAUGUGAUUCAACAAAUACAGUAUCCUAUCCCCUUCACAUCGGCGCCUGCGAUGUUCUCCCAGCCCCGCCCUCCACCAUCGUUGCAGCAUGGGCAGGACUUCUCGCAACCAUUACUCCCGAAGCAUGAACAGGAUACUCAGGGCUCUGCGUCACCGCCAGCCACUUACGCGACCGCUGCAGCGCAUCCGGACGCUGACAAAAUGGUAGAAGCUCUCAGCCGCCCAAUGGCAUACCUGGAAGGCGAUCCUGGAGAGAGCAAAACGCUCAAAGUUCGCUAUUUUCGCUUCUCUGGGUGUACGGCAAUCCAUCCUGGGUUCAACGAGAUAGUUAUUAAGCUCCGGAGCUCGGCAGCAGGGUCGCACUCAAACUCACCAUCCGGGAGAACCACAGGGCUAGACCAUCUUUCUCCCGCGGAGCCUAUACUUGAAGAUAUAUCGUCUUUACCUCCGGAUGUCUCACUGAUUGAUACGUUUUUCGACCAUUUCUGGCAGCACUGGCCCUUCCUUCGGAGAGAGAAAGUAGAGGAGCGCAUUAAGAGUGGGACAAUGUCAGCUUUCUUGCUGCACGCAAUGAACGCGCUAGCUGUCCGAUUUGCGCCUCAUCCUUCGCGUAAAGCGUCCCAGUACAUCGAGGCUGCCUGGAGCUUAGUUCCGCCGCUUCUGCGAUUGCCGUCAACUGAUGUCGUGGGCGGCUUGAUACUGCUGUCGUGGGCUGAGUUUGGCGAGAAUUCGGAGAGUGGUCUCUGGAAUUUUUCGGGACUAGCCAUGAGAAUGGCCGUUGAUCUAGGACUUCAUAAGACCGAUAUCGAAUCACCGGAUGACGAGGAUGUGUGCAACGGGAAGAUAUUGUUCUGGUGUCUUUUCGUAAUGGACCGAGUGUUGGCGUUCGGAACUGGUCGAUCUGUAACCAUUAGCGAAGAUAUAAUUGAGAUCCCUCUACCCACAGAGAGCGAUUUCCUUCCUUCCAGUUCCUCGGCACCUUCAGUCUUGUCCCCGUUUGUCGGCAUCGUUAGGCUGUUCGCCCUAGCCGGACGGAUAGCUGACGUGAUGAACGGGAGUAGAUGCCCUCGUACGUUGGUGUCAAACCCGGUCGUGCAUAGCCCCGAAAGCUUGCAGGAAUUGCAGAACCAGCUAGUCGAAUUCCUCGGAACCUUGCCGCCGGGGCUAAGCUGGUCGGUCGAUAAUUUCCGAGCACAAUCUGCUCGACAUCAGGGCGGCAGCUUUCUCUUUUUACACCUUUGGGCAAAUGCCGUUCUGGCGUUAAUACAUCACCCUAAUCUGGGACAUAGCCUUAGCGGUCAAGAGACCCCCAUUUCAGCCGGUGUUAAACGGUCUAUAAAGCUGUCUCUGGCUUCUUCACGUCAGAUCGCAGACUGUCUUGUUUUUGCGGAUCUAUUCGAUGCGGCGUCCUAUUGUGCCAACCCGUUCCUUAAUCAGUGUAUUUUUAUUGCUGGUGUCGCGUUCAUUCAUGAUGCACAGUCUGAGGAUCUCACGGUUGGUGCACAUUCAACGUUUCUUAAUGGGUUGGUGAAGCAGAAUCUAUCGGCUCUGUUGAAAGCUUUGAAGAGGAUGGAGGUGUAUUGGAAUGGACUCGGAUAUGUCAUUAGUGUCUUGGAGCAACGGGCCAGCGGUCGUGGAUGGUCAAAGGUUGAUUUUUCGAUCACUUCCGAUAAGGCUGAUAAUUUUAUUUCUCUCCCGGAUGCUGGUCUUCUGCGGAGACUCACUCGUGUGAAGGAGCUGUCGUCUAGUAGCAAUAGUCCUCGAGACGAUAUAACUCCCACCGAUAGUAUUCCGCAAGUCCAGUUGUUGGCACCCCCCGAAUCGACCAAUUGGUCAUUCGAGUCUCUGCUUUCUUCCUACCAGGUUGAAGAGGUGACUGCUUCGGACACCGGAUAUGAUUUCUCUGAUAUUUUUCCUGAGGGCUUUGCAUGGUAGAUCGGUAGAUUAUUUCUUUUUUUAUGGGUUUAUACAUGGUUUAUAAUGUGAUUCUUGUAUGUAUAUUCGCUUUUUAAUUCUCGGAUAAUCUUCUGUGGACAAGGUCCCUAGAUAUAUUCUAGGUCGUCCUCCUCCGGUUCUCCUUUGCCGUCUUGCCUGUCUUCCUCCACCGGAUCUUCAGGGAUUGACGAACUGUUUCCAUACUAAUAGAUACGUUCAGUCGGUAUUUGCGGCUCAGUGGAUGCUACCGAGCUCACCUGCUGCCAGUAUCUGGGCCCAUAGUCUAGAAAGAGUUCUUCCCCCUUGUCGACGUUUUCGCCUACAUUCAGUCAGGACAAACAUGGAAUAGCCUAGGCAGGAAGAAUACGAACAGGUGAAGAUAGCAAUGCGAUGUUCGUCGUUGACAUUCUUCACUGCGUAUGAAUGCGAUAAGCAUCAUUCAUUAGUCUAUGCUAGGCGCAAGACGGACCAAUGACAUCACAGUUAGGCUUG